AUGGAGGAGCUCUUCCCGGAUCAGCACUCCGCGGACGAGGAGUCCAAGAAGCAGAGGAGCGAGGCGGCCUUUGCUCAGCUGUGGGCGAGUACGGGCAAGCCAGACUCGCAGGCGUUCCGAGGCCCCCGGUGGACACCCUCCAGCGGAGACGACGAGCUGGCCCAUCUUCGGCUUGCUGCCAAGCGUACCGAGGAGCACGCGAAGGAGCGGCAGAAAAUGAGGAUCAAGAUUCGCAACCUCAAGAACGUCGGCGCGAGCGACGCCCUGUGUAGGGAGGUUGUGGCUCCGUACCUCCCUCGCGGAACUGGGCCGAAGGACCUGGACGACGUGCCCACGUUCUCGGUCGUGGAGGCCGAGGCGUGCAAGCGGCAGUACAGGGAGCAGACCACGAACUCUGUCCGAAGCAUCCAGAAGCAGAUGCGUCAGAUGAUGGAGCAGCGCAGGUUGCUGGGCAGCUCGCUGCAGACUCUGAGGGCCGUCACAGCCAUCGGCCAGGAGGAGAGGAUGGUCAAGAAACACUCGAUCUUCGAAAAUUCGGCCUUUACGUCAAGCCGCAGCUCAGUUUCGGCCCGAAGACCGAUGCCACCGAGUCCAUCGAGCUUUACGGGAGCGAAAGCAAAGGCCGUUAGCAGUGAGACUGAGUGA